UUGUGAACACACUUCUGACCGCAACAUUCUAUGGCAGUUGACUGAAGAUAGGAAAAAUUUACUGGUCACACCAUUAUUCAUGUGUUAUCAAUUAGCUUGUGAAAUAUUUAUUCACUUAUAUGAUAUCGCAGCGUCAAAUGACGCGUUUAAUUAGUAACCGGGAUGGGCCAUUUAUAAGUUGGUAGGACAAAUGAAAAUGUGAAUAGGAUAUUCGAUCACUAUUUUAGGAAUCAGUACAGAACCAUUCGAUACUUAGAUCGAACACCAAAGGUAUUGAAGACUUGUCAACUAAGAUUAAUUUUAAAAAUACUGUACUUCCACAUCAUGGGCAUCGCUGCUAGCAGUUCUGAGAGUUCAAGCUGGAAGUCCAAAGUAGAGUUUCACGAAGAUAACAAAUCACGAGAAUAUGAACAUUAUCAGCUUACAAACUGUUUGCUGGAUGCUCUCGGACACGAUGAAUACAUUAAGCACAUGAAGAUUUAUUCAUGUGACAUUAUCAACCCGCAAGAUAUAUUGUCUGUUUUUGUUUUUUUUCCAAUUUUGUAUUUUGUUAAGCAUAAAUUCAUUGUCUUUCAAACAAACAAAUGGUGGUAUUCGUUAGAAAAAGAUAAUGUGUACAUUACAAUUCAACGAGGAAAAACUGAAAAAACGGUCAAGGACCAAAAAAAAGAUACAGUGCGAACAGCGUGCGAAGAAAAAACAAUUUCUUUUCAUAAAGUCAGCAAAAACUCUAUCAGCGUGCAUAGUCUUAUACACGAGCUCAACAAAAAAGAUGCACUAAAGAUAGGUUACAAUCUGGCAAACCGUAACUGUAAUCAUUUUGUUGAUGAUGUACUGAAAUGGUUGCCAGAGAUAACAAACAAUAAUAAAAGAGCCAGCAUAACUCUUAAAGAAUGGCAUGUGGGUUUAGAAAAUUAUCUUAAAAACAAACAAAUCAAGUAUGAUAAUCCAAGACGAAUUUUUUUUGUAGGUACAACUUGCUUUCCUCUUUCGGGCGGUCAAGUAUUGGAACCAACAGGAGCUAGCAUUGUGGAACAAGACCAUAUGAUUACCGUUCUUACAAUGUUCAAUGCUUCUGGUGAAUUCUUACUUCCUAGGAUUGUUUAUCCGAAAGAAAGAGACAAUGAAAUAGAUAGGUCAGGUUUCGAUGAAGCAAGCUUCUAUUCAGUACCGGAUGGCUGGGCUUCGGUUAAUUCUGAAACUUUCGGAAGUUUGUUUGAAACUCUUCAAACGUUUGUUACUAAUCAAAGGAUUGGGUUGCCGAUCAUUUUAUUUGUUAAUGGCCAUUCAAAGGAUUUCAAACAACAGGGCAUUGAGUUUUGUGAAAUGAAUCGCAUGUAUCUUUAUGAUUUAUUUAAAAACCCCACGAAAUUUCUUCAAGAUCCAAUGACGCUUGCUUGGCAAAAGGCAGCUAAGCAAUGGAAAAAUACGAACAAGAGACACACCAUACCAAUAAAUAAAUUUACGACAGUGUUUUCGGAAGCUUGGAAACAAUUUGCAACAUUAACAAAUGCUCGAAAUGGCUUUCAGGAAUAUUCAUUGCUCCCCCGUGUCUAAUAAAAAAUUGAAUUAGCGAGACAUUAUUGUGUCAGCGUUUACUGGCAUAACCAAAUUCUGCAUAACUGUACGCCCCACCCCCCCCCCCCCCACACACAAACACAUCUUGUAUGUAUAAGCAUGACAUUUAGCACUGUGAUAACGAGAGAAUUUGGACACAAAUCCAACAUCAAAUAUAAUGUUAAAACAUCUCAGAUUAAGCAAAACGACUGUUUUUCUAUAUAUCUGCCUCUCUGCUCAACGUUUAGGAUCAUGUAAUUGUGUUUUUAUGAACUGUUUUUGCUUCUUUUUGUUUGAUGUCUUUGUAAGGUGCUACGGCUGUAAACUAAUAUUAGACACUAUUGUAUCACAUCACCAAUGUUUUCAUCGCUUUUUGAAUUACAUGAACAACAAAAACAUCAUGUACAUAAACUGUUUUAUUCCAAUGCAUGGAAAUAAACUCUGAUGCACUUAUAUGCGGAACUUCUAGGUCCUGGCAGAAAUCACUAGGAUAUGUAGAAGGUUCAAAAUGGUCCGAACUGGAACAUUUAGCCGUGAGGCGGACUACCGGGGCUGAGCUCAUUCAGCGGCAUAGACCUAUGCUUGUUACUUAAAUUACACAAAAAGUGAGAGUGUCGUAUUUGGUAUCAUGAAUCGUGAACUAAUUAAUGUGAAGGCAGAAUCGCAAUAGUGAAAUAGAGCAUGUACAAUUUUGCGAUUGUAAACACCGUUUCCAAAAAUGUCAUUAAUAUGCAUCAUCAAAAUAAAAACAAACGUUGAUUUAAGCUCACCUAUGUACGUAUUGGUGAGAUAUAAUGGUCACCCUUAUCUCGGAGUCCAUCGCCUUGCAUCGUUCGUCGAGCGUGAAACUUAGUCAACUUUUAUCGCGUGAUUUUUAUGAAACUGUGUGUUCAUCUGUACAUCGUCAAUUGUUGUUUGGCGCUUGGAAACUAGAUUUAUGUCAGGUCUGCAACAAUUUGUGUGACCAGCACUUCACUGGGCGUUUGAUGUAUUUUAUGUCACUCUUAUUUACCUUUGGUAUUCGUUAUAUUGAUAUUUUUCCGGCUAAAAUAACUCAUUAAACAUAAUCCACCGUAAAGAUUAAGAUCUCAAAUAAUUAACUUGUAUCUUUCAAAUCAGUUGCAGUCGUAGAUAAUUGAAAUGGAAAAGUUGAGUGUUAAAUUAAUAACUAUCAUCACACACGGUAAAUUUUAAAUCGGCUGUAACGCUGUUUAUUGAUGAUUUGUAAACAAGAAAUAUAUUUUAAAA